UGUAACGCUUUGUACAGACUGUGCGAGCCUCCGCGGGUUCGCAAUGGCUGUCUUGCAAGGAGCGGCACGCACUGCCCUGUUCACAGUUUUCAUGGCUAGUCUAUUUCUCACGUUCGCUUCCGGCGAUAGGCGUACCGCAAGGGUUUGGUGGGACUCGACGAACGGACGGUUCGCGUUCGAUAAUGGUACGGAAAUGAGCACCUCGAUCCUCGCCACCGGCGUUUUCACCGACGACAUCGAAACCACUGGAUGGGCUCAUCUUGAUAUACGCACGAAUUCUCUCAAGGGAUUUUAUUUCGAUCAACAUCAGGCGUACGCCGCUGGCCUACUGGAGGCUCGACUCACUCACGAGUUGAUCGGGAAACAAUAUCGGAACAUAUAUACCGAUUACUGCAAGGGUCAUGAGGCCUACUGCGCUGAGCUGAGAGCUUUUCUCGAGAAGAACCUCGAAUACAUGCUUCGUAUGGUUGAGAAAUACAGCUUCGUGGACCCAUAUUGGCAUCACGUCGCACUGUCUUUGAUUCAGCUGGCAGGAAUUGAGGCAGGCAUGAGAAUGCAAGACCACUACGUCUACGUGGGCGAUAACCUGACGCCAAACGUUUCCUCUGUAAUGUUCCUCAGUUUGCAUGGAGACCUCGGAGAUCUUGAGAACAAGCUAAGAAAAGAGAAGUUACACGCUCCUGGUGCACUGUCCAGUUGUUCGGGGCUUAUCAAACUUCUCGAGGGAAACUCAGAUAUAGUGGCUGGUCAUGCUACCUGGACCGGAUACAACACAAUGUUGAGGAUUCAGAAGAAAUUCGUGUUCGAAUUCCACGAAACUUUCGAUAGCGACGUGCUCGUUCCCGGGAAUGGAGUCUCAUUCUCAUCUUAUCCCGGGAGGAUUAUCUCGGGAGACGACUUCUAUAUCACAUCGAGCAGGCUGGUGGUCUCCGAAACAACGAUAGAGAACAAUAAUCCUGAUUUGUACGAGUUCACAAAUCCACACACCGUUCCAUCCUGGAUCCGUAACACGGUGGCCAACCGAUUGGCAUCUUCAGGCAGGGAAUGGGCCCAGUAUUACGCUUAUAAUAACUCCGGCACCUACAACAAUCAAUGGAUGAUCAUUGAUUACAAGCUGUUCCAAAAGGGAAAACCGAUCGAGGACGGUACAUUCCACGUACUCGAACAAAUGCCUGGCCACGUUGUUCACCAGGAUAUGUCGUCAUUCCUUCAAAAGUUCGGCUUCUGGCCGAGUUACAAUGUUGCAUACUUCCCCAAAAUCUUCAAUGUCAGCGGUCAAUGGAGCCUGGUUGAAAAGUAUGGGGAUUGGUACUCGUAUGAUAAAACUCCUCGAGCUCUCAUAUUCGAAAGGGACGCAUCUAAGGUGACCGACCUAGAAUCCCUCCGCAAACUAUUAAGGUACAACGACUUCAAAAAUGAUCCUCUGUCCCGCUGCAAGUGCAGCCCCCCAUAUUCGGCGGAAAAUGCCAUUUCGUCACGAUGUGAUCUCAACCCCGCGAACGGCACCUAUCCAUUCGCAGCCCUGGGCCAUAGGGCUCACGGUGGAACUGAUGUGAAGGUGACGAAUGCCAACAUGGUGAAAACUUUCGACAUGCUCAUUCAGAGUGGGCCGACAAACGAUCAGCAACCUACCUUCAUUUGGAGUGAAUCCGACUUCGAUUCGACCCUACGACACGAAGGGCACCCAGACGUUUUCGACUUCGGCCCGAUCAUGACGAAUUGGAGCUCGAAGCUCGAUGACGAUUUUGAUGCUGUCCAUUCACAGUCUGAUUUGAGCGAACGCUCGAAAUUGACCGAUAAAUGGUUUUAGGGUACAUAUAAUGA